AUGGCUCACACUAUGUCUUGUGAAAAGUCAGUGAACUCUUGCCCCGUCGGAUGUUUUGCCGUCACUCCGGUGGAUGACUGCAAGAAAGUGUCAUGCUACGUGCCAAUUUGCAACAACCCCUGCAACCACGUCCCACCAUGCUGCGAUUAUGGGUUUAACAGCAACUGCAAGAAAGUAGCAUGCUGUGUGAAACCUUGCACUAAAUCCUACCACUGCAUCCCAUCAGCCUGUGAUUCUAGAUGUAAAGGUGACUGCAAGAAAGUGGCAUGCUGCGUGCCAGUUUGCAGCAACCCUUGCAACCCUGUCCCAUUAUACUGUGAUAAUGUUUGUAAGGACAACUGCAAAGUGGCAUGCUACAUUAAACCUUGCUCUGAAUCCUACAACUGCAUCCCAUCAUGCUGCGAUUAUGGAUGUAACGACAACUUCAAGAAAGUGGCAUACUGUGUGCCAGUUUGCAGCAACCCUUGCAACCCUGUCCCGUCAUGCUGGGAUUAUGGUUGUAAGGACGAGUGCAAGAAAGUGGCAUGCAACAACCCUUGCAGUAACCCCUGCAACUACACCCCACCAUAUAAUGAUUGUAAGCCUGUUGCCUUCAAGGAUAUUAAAGAUGACUGCAAAGAUGAUCUGAAAUGUCCACAGAUUGGUGUGAGCAGUGAGGAUGGAGAAGUCCACAGCAGCAUCUUAGAAAUGGUAGUUGCUCUCAUGGAGAGCAGCACAUUAAUGUUUGGAGCAGACACAGCGGCAGCCAGAUUGUCCCACACGCGUUCUCCUGCUCUUGUUCAAGAUUGUGUGAUUCAGUCUGACUGCAGCAAUGAGGGAGGUGAUGGACAGCAGGGACAGGUGAAGGUGGACACAGAGGUCAGCUGCAUCAUCAGAAUAAAGCUGCAGAACUGGACCACCUGUGUUGAGAUGGCAGUAGGAUUUGGGUUCACCGCUUCUCACACUAUGUCUUUUGAAAAGUCAGUGAACUCUUGCCCCGUCGGAUGUUUUGCCGUCACUCCGGUGGACGACUGCAAGAAAGUGCCAUGCAGCGUCCCAGUUUGCAACAACCCCUGCAGCCACGUCCCACCAUGCUGCGAUUAUGGUUGUGAGAGCAACUGCAAGAAAGUAGCAUGCUGUGUGAAACCUUGCACUAAAUCCUACCACUGCAUCCCAUCAGGCUGCGAUUCUGGAUGUAAAGUCGACUGCAAGAAAGUGGCAUGCUACAUUAAACCUUGCUUUGAAUCCUACAACUGCAUCCCAUCAUGCUGUGAUUAUGGAUGUAAAGACGACUGCAAGAAAGUGGCAUACUGUGUGCCAGUUUGCAGCAACCCUUGCAACCCUGUCCCGUCAUGCUGGGAUUACGGUUGUAAGGAUGCCUGCUAG